GUUUCUUGAAUGGUACACGGUUGCCAUGGUGACCACAUGUCAACAUGGCCUCUGUCGGAGGACUCGAGCCCAUCGUGUCCGGCGUCCUGCCUCUUCAAAUGUCUGCGAUGAACAGAAAGUUACUGCAGACUCUCGCCGAAAAAAUCUCUAAACAAGUGGAGCACUUCAACAAAAAGGAGGUGGAGUGCCUUAUCAGAGAGUAUAAUGUUCUCCUGGGGGAGCCUGCUGCCCCGAGGAGAGCAGCCCCCGGCCUGGACAGAGGGAAGUUCCGGAGCAUCCUGCACAACAUCUUUGGGAUGACCGAUGAUAUGAUCAUGGACGGAGUCUUCAGGACAUUUGACAAAGACAACGACAGCUUUGUGAGUAUGAAGGAGUGGAUUGAAGGACUAUCCGUUUUGCUCCGAGGGACCUUGGAUGAAAAAAUUAAAUACUGCUUUCAUGUGUAUGACUUGAAUGGCGACAAUUACAUCUCAAGGGAGGAAAUGUUUCACAUGCUGAAGAACAGCCUCAUCAGGCAGCCCGCGGAGGAGGACCCAGACGAAGGAAUCAAAGAUCUGGUGGAGAUCACGCUCAAAAAGAUGGACCAUGACCACGAUGGCAGGCUGUCUUUUGGCGACUUUGAAAAGGCAGUGAAUGAGCAGAACCUAUUACUCGAAGCUUUUGGAACCUGCCUCCCUGACACCACGAGUACUGAGACAUUUGAAAAGCGUGUAUUUCGGGAACAACUGAAACAAUGAAGAAAUCAUGAAUCCAUUUGCAUUUUUUUCAGCUGUACCUUCUUUAAUACAAAGUUUAUAGAUGUUUGAAUUGUGAUGAAAAAAGGUUGAAAUAAAAAAAGUUUCCACAAGAAA